GUGUAAGAAAGUGGUGUUGAGAAAAGAUACUCGUGUGUGUAUACAAUGUAACGAAAUUUUACAAAACAUAUUCAUAACGGUGGACCUCUUGAUUGUUUGAACCUUUAUUUACAUUUAAACAUCAUGUCGAAACGUAAAUUGCAUGAUAUGUUAGAAGAUGAGUUUGAGGAACAGACUGAUAAACAACCACUGAAGAACUCAUUGGAUUCUGAUGAAGAUGACGAUGAGACAAAUGAGGAUGCCUAUAAUGUUAUGAAUGAAGAUGAGUUUGAAGGCACAGAAGAUGGGCCUUCAGCACCAGAAGCAAAUGUAGGAUUUACAGCAUUUAAUAUGAAAGAAGAAUUGGAAGAAGGUCACUUUGAUAAAGAAGGUCAUUAUCUUUGGAAAAAAGAGAAGCAAAUAAGAGAUAACUGGUUAGACAAUAUUGAUUGGAUUCAGAUUAAGCCAAGUUCAACAGUAAAACAGAAGGACAAAAAGUCAAAUAAAGCCCGUGGAAUAGGAGACAGUGACAGUGAUAGCGAUGAAGGUGAUAUUAUGUUUGACUCUACUCCAUUGUAUAAACAGAUAUUAGAGUACCUCAAACCUGGUGAAACAGUAUCUAAGACAUUGUGCAGGCUUGGUAAAGGGAAAAAGAAAAUAACAACAGCUGAAAGAUGGAAAAGGAAAAAGGAAUCCAAAACACCAAUAGAAGAAGAUCCAAAUUCUGUCAGCAUAACAAAAUUAACGGAAUUAGCAAAUGAGCUAUUAACGCGUACUGGUAACAUGGAUAUAUAUCAAGAGACUUAUGAGCAAAUCAAAAAGAAGAUUGAGCAAGCCAACAAGCAUGCACCACCAUCAAAACAAGAAGCCGAACUAGAUAUGUACGCCGACGAUUUUGAUGAAAAAGAGAAGGCGAAAUUGGAUGACACUGAUACUAGAGCCGAUAAAACAGCAGAGGCAACCAGCGAAGAAAAAUCUUCAUCUUUGGAAGAAAAUGUUAUGUGGGACCUGAAGUGGUCACAGGACGAAGAUGCGGAGAUACACGGGCCUCACACUAGUCAGCAAAUGCAUACCUGGGCAAACGAAGGAUAUUUCAAGAAAGGUGCUUGGGUCAGAAGAAGCGGGCAACAAAAUCAAUUCUACAAUGCUGCUAGAGUAGACUUCGAACUUUAUCUGUGACAUAUCUACCUGGUAUAAAAUAUGAAUAUAAACGGAUAGAUGUACGAAUUUUCGUUAAAUCCAAGAUUAUAUAAAAGUAGCAUGUGAAAUUUAUAUAUUGAUACAUAUGUAAAAUUCUUUCACGACAGAUAUCUGUACAAAUUUACCAGAGAUAACAAUUAUUGAUAUAUAUUAUAUCUGUAUGAUUCUCUUAAGAAAAUUCGGUAUCUAAAUGUAUAAACAAGGCAUUUUCUAAUAAAAUACUAUGAAAUAUUGUGA